ACGAUGGUCGCACAAGAAUGUGAUAGAGGCUACGCGGCCGCCAUUUUCUCCCUUUCUUAGCAGUUGGCUGGUAGAAGGUCUCUGUGGAGAGCGGUAGCGGCCACAGUAGGGUAGAGAUGGCAGACUAUUCAACAGUCCCUCCGCCCUCCUCUGGCUCAGCCGGCGGCGGAGGCGGCGGCGGCGGCGGCGGAGGCGUUAACGAUGCUUUCAAAGAUGCGCUGCAGAGAGCCCGGCAGGUAAGCCGGGGCCGCGCGGCGGGAUCCCGACGACUCACGAUUGCAGCGAAAAUUGGAGGUGAUGCUGGUACAUCACUGAAUUCAAAUGACUAUGGUUAUGGGGGACAAAAAAGACCUUUGGAAGAUGGAGAUGGCUCUUGGACAAGUCCGAGCAGUACAACACACUGGGAGGGAAUGCCCUCUCCUUUUAAAGAUCAACCAGAUGCUAAGAAAGUUGCUCCUCAAAAUGACUCUUUUGGGACGCAGUUACCACCGAUGCAUCAGCAGCAAAGCAGGUCUGUAAUGACUGAAGAAUACAAAGUCCCAGAUGGAAUGGUUGGAUUUAUUAUUGGCAGAGGAGGUGAACAGAUCUCACGUAUACAGCAGGAAUCUGGAUGCAAAAUACAGAUUGCUCCUGACAGUGGUGGCCUUCCAGAAAGGUCUUGUAUGUUAACUGGAACACCCGAGUCUGUCCAGUCAGCAAAACGAUUACUGGACCAGAUUGUUGAAAAAGGAAGACCAGCCCCUGGCUUUCAUCAUGGCGAUGGACCAGGAAAUGCAGUUCAAGAAAUAAUGAUUCCAGCUAGCAAAGCAGGAUUAGUUAUUGGAAAGGGAGGAGAGACAAUUAAACAACUUCAGGAACGAGCUGGAGUUAAAAUGGUUAUGAUUCAGGAUGGACCUCAGAAUACUGGUGCUGACAAACCUCUUAGGAUUACCGGAGAUCCAUACAAAGUUCAACAAGCCAAGGAAAUGGUGUUAGAGUUAAUUCGUGAUCAAGGUGGUUUCAGAGAAGUUCGAAAUGAGUAUGGGUCAAGAAUUGGAGGAAAUGAAGGGAUAGAUGUCCCCAUUCCAAGAUUUGCUGUUGGCAUUGUAAUAGGAAGAAAUGGAGAAAUGAUUAAAAAAAUACAAAAUGAUGCUGGUGUUCGAAUUCAGUUUAAGCCAGAUGAUGGAACAACACCUGACAGAAUAGCGCAAAUAACAGGACCUCCAGACCGAUGCCAACAUGCUGCAGAAAUUAUUACAGACCUUCUUAGAAGUGUUCAGGCUGGUAAUCCUGGUGGACCUGGACCUGGUGGUCGAGGGAGAGGUAGAGGUCAAGGCAACUGGAACAUGGGACCACCUGGUGGACUCCAGGAAUUUAAUUUCAUUGUACCAACUGGGAAAACUGGAUUAAUAAUAGGAAAAGGAGGUGAAACCAUAAAAAGCAUAAGCCAACAGUCUGGUGCAAGAAUAGAACUGCAGAGAAAUCCUCCACCUAAUGCAGAUCCUAAUAUGAAGUUAUUUACAAUUCGUGGCACUCCACAGCAAAUAGACUAUGCUCGGCAACUCAUAGAAGAAAAGAUUGGUGGCCCAGUAAAUCCUUUAGGACCACCUGUUCCCCAUGGGCCCCAUGGUGUCCCAGGGCCCCAUGGGCCUCCUGGGCCUCCUGGGCCUGGAGCUCCAAUGGGACCAUACAACCCUGCACCUUAUAAUCCGGGACCACCUGGCCCUGCUCCUCAUGGUCCUCCAGCUCCUUAUGCUCCCCAGGGAUGGGGAAAUGCAUAUCCACACUGGCAGCAACAGGCCCCUCCCGAUCCAGCUAAAGCAGGAACAGAUCCAAACUCAGCAGCUUGGGCUGCAUAUUAUGCUCACUAUUAUCAACAGCAAGCACAGCCACCACCUGCAGCUCCCACUGGUGCACCAACUACAGCCCAAACCAAUGGACAAGGUAACUAUGGUGAUCAACAGAAUCCAGCUCCAGCUGGACAGGUUGAUUAUACCAAGGCUUGGGAAGAGUACUACAAGAAAAUGGGUCAAGCAGUUCCUGCUCCUACUGGUGCUCCACCAGGUGGUCAGCCAGAUUAUAGUGCAGCCUGGGCUGAAUACUAUAGACAGCAAGCAGCCUACUAUGCCCAGACAAGUCCCCAGGGAAUGCCACAGCAUCCUCCAGCACCUCAGUGCCUUCCCAGACCUUCCACCUUAGGUUCUGCUGCAAAAAGCAACAGUGCUGAAGAUGCUGCAAGCACCAAAUCAUAGCUCAUAAAAUCAGGUCCUGAGAUAGUUACCCAUAAAGAGGAAUCCUUUGAGUGUAUGCCAUUGGUGAGCCGAUGAGCAUGGACCAUAGAAGGGCUCAAUGUAGAAGGUAAAAUUGGCGAAUCAUAAUUGAGAAAUAUGAAAUGUAUUCCCAUACAUGAUAUGGUAUAGGGUAUAAUGUACCUGCUUUUGAUCACUUCAUUUUAAAGUGCUAUUCACUUGCUCUUAAAUGUUCCAUGAACUGUUAAGUUUCAUAAGUUAAUGUAGUUAUUGCACCUUGUGUGAGUGUGUGUGUGUGUGUGUGUGUGUUUGAUAGUCAAUGAUAGGUAUGUUAAGAUAAUAUAAAGGAGCUCUUUGAACUUGAAGAGAUUGUCAAUUUUAGGUUAGCUGUAGCUUGCAUUUUUACAAAAGAAAAUAUAGAUGAAUGCUAAUAGAUACUGGGGCAUUGUUUCUGUCUUAUGAGAAUAUCAUUACCACAAGCCUUCACUGAUACUGCAAGCAUUUUUUUAAUGGAGCUAACUUUAACCUUGAAAUUAAUGGAAAGCAGAAAAGGUGAGCCAGUUGGUUUGAAUGCAGUGGGUAUUAGGAGUGGUAGAAACAAUGUUUAGUUAGAUUGAAAUUGAACUGAUUUAUUUUGCACUUAAAAUUUUGAAAUUUUUUUUAAAAGAUCUGUUAGUGUGAUACCUAGAAUUCUUAUGUUUUGAUGUUUCUUUUAGAAAUGAGAAGUAUGCUUUUAUUUUAACAAAUGGUUUUAAAACUAGAACUAGCCAUUUAAUACUAGUUGUUUAUAGACAUUGUAAAAUAUAUUGUUAGACAAAUACCUUGAUAGUUAAUUCAGUAAUGUGGGUUUGGGUAGAAGCAGCAGGGUACUUUAAUAGAGAAAUAGGAAUAUACACAGGAGGGAUAACAUUUCAUUUGUGUGAAUACUCUGCCAAGAGAAUCAGUUCUAUCUGCGAAGUUGUUGUUUAGAAUAGGGAUAUAGAAAUUAGUAAUCAAUGAGGAUGUCUUAUUUUUAGUGCUUGAAAAUUCUGCCUCAUUUUAAAAUGUAUUUUAACAAUACCUAGAAGAUAAUUUUGACUCUGAAAAUAACCUUAUUUUUGUUUAGUCACUUGAGUUUUAUUGCCACAGUAUAAACUUCUGAGGGAUUUUUUUACAUUGGUGUUUCUGAGAAGCAAAUAAAUCCCAGGGUUUUAUUUUCUUCAUUUAUACCCCUAUAGAAACUCUUAAAUGUACUUGCACAUAUAUAUUUUUUUUCUUAUGCAUGCUCAAUGCAUUUUCGUCCUGAGAAAAGUGUUCUCUACAGAAACUACCCGUGUGUAAAAAGAAGAUUGGCUUAAAAUGGCUACUGUGAUGGGAACAGUGUCUUAGGGAGAUGCAGCUUGGACUGGAGGUAAAUUGAAUACUUUACAAACUGUGGUUUAGAGUUUGCUUUAAUAACAUUGUAUGUAAAAGGACACGUGAUUGCUGUAAUUUUGUAUUAUGGUUUCCUCAAUAAAAAAAUAAAUGUACAUUGAUGAAUAUUA